UGUAUCCGCUAUGAGCCCUCCAUAAUGGUUGACCGAAUAAUUCAUUGCUUUACAUUUCUGUUAAUGCUGUCAGUUCAUCCAGUAAAAAUAUUUUUCGGUCUUCCACAAUAUUACGGAGUGAUCGUUAUACAAAGAAUGUUUUAAAUACUAUUUGAAAUUGUUAUUUUUAUUUAAAAGAAUGCAUGCGCCAUAAUAUGUGUAACGAGUUUUAAAUUAUUUCAUUCAAGUGCGGUAUACGUAUACGUAUAGCUUUAUUGACGUGUAUAAAAAACAUAAACGUAGUUCUGUCCUUCACAUAGAAGACGGUUAUUAUAAACAGUGAAAAUGAGCUCGGGCUUUAUAUCAGAGGCCGAACUUGCCGAACAACGACGAAUGCGACAAGAGGAAUGGGAACGUGUGCGAACUGCUGAUCAGCCUUUAGAACCCCCAGAGGAGGUUUAUGACCCUAGAUCGUUAUACGAGAGAUUACAAGAGCAGAAAAAUAAAAGGGACUUGGAAUAUGAAGAAGCGCAUAAAUUAAAAAAUAUGAUCAAAGGAUUAGACGAUGAUGAAGUAGAAUUUUUGGAUUUGGUAGAUAGAACUAAAAUGGAAGAGGAACGUAAAAAAAAUCUUGAGGAAGAAAAAGAAAUGCGUGAUUUUAAAGCUGCAGUUGCUUCACUUCAAGAACAGAAAUUAAAUGAAAAAUUAAAACAAGAAUUGAAGAACCCACCAGUCAGUAGUAAAAAUGUUGUUUGUGGAAGUAGCCGGUCUUCACAAUUAAAGCUGCCUGCAGGUGUUGUGUUAAAACGAUCUGACAAGCAAAAACAAGGGGAAGUACUUAAAGGUAUUAAAAGAAAGUUGCCUUCAUCCGAUGAUGCAGAUACUAUGAAAAAGAAAGAACUGCAUGCAUCUUGCGAGCCAGCAACGGAUACAUCUAAUCUUGAGUCAGAUAAACAAAAUGAUAAAAAUAUACUAAAUCAAGUUAAUAAAAGUAACGGAUAUAGUGGACUCAAAUGUAUCGGCAUAUUACCCGGUCUUGGAACAUAUGAUAAUUCUAGUGACAGUGAUUGCAGUUCUGACACAGACCAGGAGACUGAACCAAAUCCUUCCAUAUACGAUAUGUUAGGCCGAAAAAUAAAACCCUGUAAAGAUAAGGAAGAAAAAAGUUGAAUAUUAAGUACACACAUACACACACGCAUACAUAAGUACAUAUAAAUAUAUAUAUAUAUAUUUAUGUAUGUAUGUAUGCAUGAAUCGCAGACUUUUAUAUAUCUAUUGUUUCAUAUGUCAUCAUAUGAAACAUAGCCGUAUUAGCAAUGUAGGUAUAAUAUAUAGAAGUCUGUGGCAUGGAAUAUAAUGUUUGAAGGUAAUGUUUGUGAAUAUAGAAAAAAAAAUUUAUGUUGCAAUUAUUAAUUGUGUUCGAAAUACGUGAACAUAUUUCUACAUUUAGCCAAUAUAUACCCACAUAGUAUAUUUGUAUUAUAAAAAACUUGUACACGAAUAAUAUAUAAGCUAUCACAUUAUAUCUAAUAAUUUCAUAAUCAGUUUGAGUAUUUCACACAAGGCUUAAUCCUAAUGCUCAUCUUAAUUGACCAUUUCAUCACAAUCCCAAAUUUUUAUGUAUAUACAAUUCAAUUGUAGCAUGAUAGAAGGAUUUGUGUAAAAUGGAACAUUGGUGAGUCGUCAAUGAAAUAAAUAAUUAUAAGUCAA